ACUUACGGAGAAUCAUCUUCGUCUUCCUCGUAUGCUUCACCGUAGUGAUAGGCUGAGAUAUUCCCCACCUGAGCCCCAACGUCGUUGUCUACCGUUGUGCUCGUGGGGAGCAGUCGCAUUGUUGGCGCGGCAUGACGCGGGGAUUCGUUCUCGGAGAGGUAAGAGCCUCCAUAGCCGUAUGCUGGGGGUUCUUCUUCAUAAUUCGGCGCUGGCGGAUACAUGUGUGACGAGUUGGGAUUCAUGAUUCAAAGUCGCCCCGAUAUCAAUUUCGCAUCAUCAAUCGAUAGCGAGUGGGACUAGUUAAAACAGCUACCGUACUCCGAUCACAAGGCAAUGUCAAAUGAGUUGCAGCUGUCCUCCAACUUGAGACACAGUUGACAACAAAACGUCAGUUGAAAUCGUUCUGCAAU